AUGGAACAAAACAAACAAACACCUGCCCGGCGCCGCCGCAACGGCAAACCGCCUUCGGGCCGCAAGAACUACGCAUCUGAGGGCGACGUCCUGACGAACAUGCCCUUCCCAGCUAACUUCCCUGCGACGCCCAUGAAGUCUACAAAUGCCAGCCCAGCUCCUGGCUCCCAAGCCACCCAUCCCAAGUCUGCGAAGCAGAGCAACAGAUCGGCCCGGCCCGCCCACGUCUCGACGUCUCCCGGUCCUGCCAGGCCUGGACGCCGCACUCCGCCGCACUCUGCGAACAACAGAAACAGCUCAACUGCCUUUGCUGGCGCCAACUUUCAUGCCUCUCCCGCCCCGGGCUCCCUCCCGAUGCCAAGUUUCUUCAGGGUGCGAUCCGAGUCAGCCACCGUGAAUGGACGCACCAAAGAGCCAUCGCCGCCGGCCUCCGACAGCGACUCUCCCAGCCCCUCUCAACCCGCAACCGUGCCUCAGGUCCGCCGUGAUGAGUCUCCGCUGGACUUGCUCUUCCGAGCAGACCGCGCAGAGAAGGAGCGAGCCUGCAGAACAAGCUCGGCCAACGCGGCGGCCGCUGAUGGUCCCUUCUCCCCACCCUCAGAGGGGCGAUCCGGCCGGGAUGCCAAUUAUUCCUUUGAUCCAAUUCCCCUGAAGCUUCCUAGCCGCCCAGCUCAGAAUGGCAACGCUGGCUCCAACAGCACUGUUGGAUCUGGUCCGCGGCCUGAGCCCUUUGCCUUGCCUAUCCAUGAAAAGGCCCGGACCGCCAGAACUAGCGAAGCAAAGACACCGCAGCAAGCUCAACGACAAGGCCAAGCACAAGAAGCCCCCCAGCAUCUGGUCACCCCGCCUCGUGGGGACGAGAGAAGUGAGGCAGUUAAGAGACUGCUUGGAAUCGGCUCUGGAACGCCCUUUGCAAACCCAGUCUCAUCACCGUCGCACCGUCAGACCAACUCCCCUGGAGUCUUUCCGUUUCACACGGCCGCCUCACAGAGUUCUCCUCAACUCAGCAGCGGAGCAUCUGGUGCACAAAAUGCAAGCUCGGGAGGUCCAGAAGAUUGGAGAUAUCGUGGGGAGAACGCGCUGCGCCAGGCUCUCAAGCUCCCCUUCCCGAUCGGAGCUGGACUUGAUGGCAACAGCAGCCCACAACAACAAGCAGGCCCCUCCACAGGACGUGCGUAG